UCGUUCCACUGACCGCCCCGCCCCAGUCGAUCUACUUCCUCCGCCGGGAGCAGUCAGUCGUCACUGGUCAGGUUAUUCCGAUGAGCACAAUCACGAACGACCAAUCCAGAGACCAGCCACCGUCGGGUCUGGUCAUUUCCGCCACCGAAUCCAUCCGGUCCUUCCUUCUCUCCGCUUCAAGGGACCCGCACCUCUCGGAGCAGCUCCAGGAGCUCGCCUCCGAUCUCCGCUCCCUCGAUAAUGUGCCUUACAAGCCUCUCCGAAGCAUCUGGAUCGCGUCCUCCCCGGAUGUCCGGCCUGAUUUGGUCCGGCUCUUCUCUGGAUCCGGGUUCGUCUUCACAAGCCCCAAACCCAGAGAGAAGAGUGAAGAGUUGAAGGCAAGGUUGAGGAAGCUUGCCGAGAUGGCAGAGAAGAAAGAGUACGAGGAGCUUGUCAAAGACAUUGCACCCAAGAAAGAUGUCGACGAGCCCUUCUCUUCUUACAAAGACCAACUUGGUUUUGGAUUGCAUGUUGUGGUUAUAAUGUUUACCUGCUAUUUGCUAGGAUUUCUCGCCUUCAGAGCACUGUUUAGCCGCGAUCCUGUCCUGAGUGCUGCUGGGGGAAUUCUCGGAAUGGUUUUUGGCAUGCUUUUAGAAACCUUGCGUUUCAUUAUUUGGACCAGCAAGGAUCUUAGACCGCCUUCUUCCGCUUCGAGGAUAAAGAAAAACCAAUAGACUUGGGCCUGAGAGAGGCUUAAACUGGUGAAGGAAACUAUCGGGUGACCAUUAGCUUGUUGGCGAAGAUCGCCCAAGUUGAUCCUGGCAGCCGAGAGUUCGCAAGGAUUGGCUACUUGAAGCAGCCAUUAUCAACGAGCUGGCUCCCAUCUAUUGCUGAUGAUGAUUUGAAGGAUCUUACUGGAGGGGAUGAAAGACAAAAUAGGAGAUUUUUCUUUGCAACUGAUUGAUGAAGUUGGGGGGGUCAAUUUCUUGGCCGGAUAAGAUAAGCAUUGAUAUUGAUAAUUAAAGGGAAGCUUUCUAUCCGGCCCCUAGUUUGGAAGCUUAAAUGUCAAAUUUCCCAUCCCUUGUUUUUUGUUUCAAGUGGAGAUGACGACAGAAGAUGAAAUUUGUCAA